AUGUUCGAAUUCGCCUCUGUCCGUCCUGAAGGCGUCGCUCUCCAUUCAAUUGGGUAUCCGACUCCCAAACCAGCAAGCCCUUACGCUGAGUUUCACUCUGCGUCAUAUCAGCAGCAGACGACUCGAAAGGUCUUGUGGUCAAUCGAGCUAAUGCAAAUACCGCGUUUGGCCCUGAUCAAGCUCAGCUUCAUGUUAUUCUACAAACGCAUCUUCGCCAAGGGCAAAGGUAAAGCCUUCAAAGGCCUCAUACACGGAAUGGUCGGCCUUAUCGUUUGUUGGAUUAUCGCGUUCUCCUUUAACCACCUUUUCGUUUGCAAGGCGCACCGUUCCCAUUACUGGACAUCGCUUGCCAACGAAAAGGAAGACUGCAACAACUCGACGCGACUGCAUCUCGGGUACGCUAGAUCGGACUUUUGCUUCGACGUUGCUAUCCUACUGAUCCCUAUGCCUUUGAUAUGA